CUCUUCCUCCUCCUCUUUGCCUUCUUUUCCCCGCCGCCGUCGCCGCCGCUGCUUGAGUCGCUCUGGCUGCGGGGCGCCUCGCUAAUGGCCGCCUUCCGCCCCUCCUCAGCCGCGCCGUCGGACGAGCAGAGUCGCCUCGAGAACUGGACGGUGCUGGAUGAGUUCACGGCGCCGGCGGAGAAGAGCGGCUUCCUGGAGCGGAGCCGCGGCGGCCUCGAGCGGCUCUUCGGGGUCCGCCUGGCCCUCUUGGAGGCGGCGGGCGGCGGAGUCGUCGGCGGCUGGGCUCCCUCGGACACCGGCGGGCGCAGGAUCUGGCUCAGCCUGCUGGGCGAACGGGAGCAAGUGCGCAGCGCCAAGGAAUAUAUUAAAGGAAUCUGUGAACCCGAAUUGGAAGAGAGGGAAUAUUAUCCCAAAGACAUGCACUGUAUUUUUGUAGGAGCACAAAACCUCUUCCUGAAUUGCCUUAUUCAGGGCACCUCUGCCGAUAUUACUGUGGUGGAGAUCGGGACACUCGGUAUUAAAGGCCGGACAGAACCAGUGGUCAUGGCCAGGAGCCACAUCCAGCAGUUUGUGAACCUCUUCAAAAGCAACCUCAACGACUUGACGAUCCAGGAGUCGGAAGUGAAGAAACAGUUCAAACGUCUCGUCGAAGCUCACGCAGAUAAAUACACGAUGGACUUGUUGAUCCUACCGAGCUCGCUGAAGAAAGAGCUGCUGAGCCUCGCGCAGCACGAAGGCGGCAAAGCGGAAGGCAGAACUGCAGAUCCUGGCCCUUCCAAUGAGACGUUAAAGCACCCAACUCAGACGCAGAAACUACCCGUAGUAAGCAGCGAUGGCAGAACAGGUCAGGAGGAAGCGAGGAACAACGCAGGUACACCGGUCUCCGAAUUAGCCAAGCAAAUGGACACUGUUUUUCCCGAUAAGACCGAAGGGCAUUUUUUACCCAUAAACGGUCUAACUUCACUGGAGGCUUCUGCCUCGAAAGAAAGGCAGUCGUGUAAACGAAGAUCCUCGGAUGGGGACGAGAGGCUUCCAAAGAAACAGUUUUCUUUUGAAAACAACCAGAAAUCUAAGCAGAUGCCCUGCCAAAGACAUGACGACAUAGUGGUGAUAGACUUGGUCUCAGAUACAAGCGACUUAGAUGAUGGUAAAAACGGCGAUGAAAUAAGCGAGGAGAUGGAAUACAAGAUCCUGGUCAAUUUUUUCAAAAGCAUGGGCUACUCUGAGGAAAUUGUAGAAAUGGUGAUCGUUGAGCACGGACAGUUGGCUGAGCCCCUACUCCUCCUCGAAGAAAUUGAGAAAAAGAGCAAGAUGGUUGCGGAAGAGGAAGAGAAGGCCAGAGCUGUCUCCCAGAAUCUGGAAACCCAAACGAAGAAAAAUAAAAGCGGCACGGGCACCAGAGUCCACCCAGAUCUAAGCUGUCAAUCGGAGCCACCCCAAAAUGCAAACGUCGCCUAUGUUUCCCAAGUACCCCACAAAGACAAAAUCCGUGGAUCGGACCCUGAAAACCGCGCCCCUCUUUUAGGUCACAAAAACUCCUCGAAUAAAGAGCUCAGCAAAAUACAGUCCGGGUGUUCAGAACAGGGUACCAGGGUGAGCGAGGAAGAAAAUGAUGGUGUUGUGAACGCCUCCAGUAAUGCUCUCAUGGCAGCCAAAAAUAAGAAAGCCAAAGAUCCGAUCAUGGUAGCCAGGGGUGGCUGGGAGAGCGCGCACCCCCCCGUUGAGAGAGAAAACCUGGUUCUUCGAGGGAGUUCCAACCAAUCACCGACGACGCACGACCAACAGGAAAACUGCAAUCCCGUGCGGCUGGGAGGACAGCAGUUCCCUUCCCAAAAAUCAAAGCCCUUUGGAGACCCCACCCCUCCUUUGCAACUGAGAAGUUCUUACCCAGAAAAGAAAACGGGGGGACUUUACGGUCCUCCGGCAGAUCCUUCGGUCACUGGGGUCCAGAGGUUUCUAGAGGCGUUGAAAACACCGUUCAAGCUGGAACUGAAAAAUGAGCCAGGGGGACCCCACUUAAAAUACGUGGUGAUAGAUGGCAGCAACGUGGCAAUUUCUCACGGUCUGCAGAAAUUCUUUUCCUGUCGGGGAAUCGCAAUUGCUGUCGAUUAUUUUUGGAAACGUGGUCACAGAAAGAUUACAGUUUUUGUCCCACAGUGGCGAACACGGAAAGAUUCUAAUAUCACAGAGCAGCAUUUCUUAACCCAGCUCCAAGAUGUUGGCAUUUUGGCACUUACCCCAGCAAGAGUCGUAUGCGGGGCUAGAAUUGCAUCUCACGAUGACAGAUUUCUGCUGCACCUUGCUGAAAAAACUGGAGGUGUUGUUGUUACCAAUGAUAACUUCAGAGAAUUUGUAGACGAAUCUCCAAACUGGAGGGAGAUUAUUCAAAGGAGGCUUCUGCAAUACACUUUCGCUGGAGACAUUUUCAUGGUGCCCGAUGAUCCCCUGGGACGAAAUGGACCCGGACUAGACCGUUUUCUUCAGGAGGAAACUAGUUUCAGAGCUAGGCCAACCCCGUACAGCCUUGCAAGCGGAAGCCAUCUUCCUUUGGGGAUGUCCCCUUUCCUGAUGCAGUCAGAAGGGGGCGGACACUUACUCCCAAACCCCGUUUCCGGACUCAUCCCUAACUUGCACCAGUUUCCUACAACGUCCCUGCUAAACUCUGGCCCUCCCCCAUCUCCAAGAUCGGCCACCGAAACGACCCGUUUAAAAGAAGCCUUGAAAAAAAUAUUCCCAACUUCAGAGCAGAAGGAGAAGAUCGAGGAGAUCCUGGCACAGCAUCCCCACAUGAGAGACAUGAACGCUCUGUCUGCAUUGGUCCUUGAUUUAAGCUGAUGAACUAAAACUCCCCCCAAAACACUUCAGAUUUUGCAGUUUGGAUUGUUAAUGUAAAGAGAUGCCUCUUGCGUUGAAGUCAGGCCAUCUGUGAAUAGUCAAAACUUAACCCUUUUUGUAUAAAAACAAAAAUAUGAAUAUUCAGAGGAUUUGAGAUAUGCCCUCUUUGUUCACUUAAGUUAACAGCUUUGUUCCUUUUUUUUUCCCCUGUUUGUUUUACAAAUUUGUAUUGCGUAUUUUUUGAAUGAAAAAAUAA